CAAGAGAAUACUAUCCUUUUCCUCUCUGUCAGCUUCAACUCCCUGUAGGCAUUUGAGGGACAAACAAAUGAAGAAAUGGUGAGCCCUCCUUCUGAUUUUGAAAUCAAUAAUAACAAAGGAAGGAGCGAUUAAGAGUGGGCCCUUUGUUCCUGGUCAGAACAGCUGAUGGGACUGCUUGGGCCUGGUGACCCAGACAAGGACCUCUUGGAUGAAUUGUCUAACAUCCUCAAAUAUGUGGAUGUUUUCUUGGAUUUGGGUCAUUUUAAUUAUUUUGGCUAUUGCUGGUGUGGACACAAGAGCAAAGACCACACCAUACAUCAAAUUUACGAAAAAAUAUGAAGGACAAGAGAUACCCAAGGGUCUAAAGCCAUCCAGUGGUUCACCUCAGGAGGAAGAAGAAAACCCCUUGAUGGAAAUGCCUGCAGUGGUGGCACCAACCACUGACCCCUCAGCCCUGGAGUCUGCCUUCGCCACUGCCACUCUCUUUUCCUUUGAAAACCUCACUCUUGACACAGCUGAUUUCUUGUUGAAUUGUUGUCGUUGUUGCUCACCUAUUGUGGGGCAGAAAGGAGAACCUGGAAAGACUGGAAAACCAGGUCUUAAAGGAGAGACUGGUAAUAUGGGGAUCCCAGGAUCACAAGGAGUCAUUGGACCCCAAGGCUCAAAAGGCCAGAAAGGAGAGAAAGGAGUAAAAGGAGAGCGUGGGGACCAAGGGACAAGCGGAGUUCCAGGAUAUCCAGGAAAACCUGGAGAACCAGGUGGACUUGGUCCUAAGGGGGAUAAAGGAAACAUUGGCUUGGCAGGAGUUAAAGGACAAAAAGGCUCAAAGGGAGACCCAUGUGAAAAUGGCACCAAAGGAGAUAAAGGAGACCCCGGGGCUGUGGGCUCUCCAGGAUUGAACGGAGGGCCUGGAGCCAAAGGAGAGAAGGGGGAGGUGGGACAGAAAGGCUACUGCGGAGAUUCUGGAGAGAGGGGAGCAAAAGGGCAAAAAGGGGAGGAGGGGGUAAAAGGAGAUAAAGGUAGCAAAGGAGACACUGGGACAGAAGGCAAAAGGGGCCCCGAUGGUCUGCCUGGCGCUAAAGGUGAUCCAGGGGUUAAAGGAGAAAAAGGGGAGUUAGGUCCUCCUGGUCUUUUGGGACCUACUGGGCCAAAGGGUGAGCUUGGGAACAAAGGGGUCCGAGGACCUAUUGGGAAGAAGGGCUCACGGGGCUUCAAGGGCUCCAAGGGCGAGGUCGCCAAACUCCUGCAGUCGGCUUUCAGCGCUGCUUUAUCAAAGCCAUUCCCUCCUCCCAACAUCCCCAUCAAAUUUGACAAGAUUUUAUAUAAUGACCAAGGGGAUUACAACCCUGCCACUGGGAAAUUUAACUGCAGCAUCCCUGGGACAUACGUCUUUUCUUACCAUGUUACUGUGAAGGGUCGACCUGCUCGGAUCAGCCUGGUGGCCCAGAAUAAGAAGCAGUUCAAGUCCAGAGACACUCUCUACGGUCAGGAAAUAGACCAGGCCUCUCUCCUCAUCAUCCUGAAAUUAAGUGCAGGAGAUCAAGUGUGGCUGGAAUUGUCAAAAGAUUGGAAUGGGGUUUAUUCCAGUGCUGAGGAUGACAGCAUUUUUACUGGGUUCCUUUUGUACCCAGAGAAAACUCCUGGAAUUUCACCAUAAAUUUGGGUAUUGGACACUGUAGUUGGGUUUAGUGGAAUAAGUAUUGACAUGUAGAAGUGAACUUAAAAAAAAACAAAACAAAAAACUUCCAUUUUUUUCAUGAUUAAAACAAUAAUACAGAAAAAUUACAUAAUUGUGUAGAUUCAAUUAGUAUUUCUAUUCUAAGGCAUCUUCUUUUAAACAAUUGAGAACAUAUGUCUACUAACUCUGUAGCUGACAUUUUUUGUUUAGCAUUAUAAUGACAUUACUUAUUAAUCACUCAAUAACUAUUUAAAGGAUUAAUGUCUUCAUGGAAAAUAUGAAUGAGAUUUAUAAUUAAUAAAUAUAUUCUUCUAAAUAUUUUUAUACCUCAUAUAACUGUGUGUUAAUAGCUGACAAACUAUCACGAAAGGUCUUUCUUGAAGUUUCUGAUUCUCUUGGUGGAAUUCUCAUGUCAGUUUCAUUCUCACAUUAGUUUAAUUCAGUGGAAAUGCAUGGAAAGAGUGGCAAAGAUUAUCUAAAAUAUGUUUAAAAUUUAUCAUGUGUAAGGGUUUUUCCAUAAAACCUGUAUUAUGUGGACAAGAGUGUUUGGUAAAAUGGAAAAAGAACGUUGAUAAAAAGAUAUAGCUCAAUCAUAGAAAUGAUGCAACCCUUCAUCAAAUUAUUGUGCUUACAAGAACUGAAUGUCCCUAAAAGAUUAAAGAAUAAAAUUAAAUCAUUACUGAUCUAAAUUUCAGUUCUUUCUUCAUGGUGGAACAUUUAAUUAGGAUAAACUCUUUGGCAUCAUUAUUAUCAUCUCGAGAAUAAUUAAUUCCAGUUAUUCAGUGAUAACAUUGCUGGAGCAGGUGGGAGAUUGGGAAUUCAUUUGCAAUGUGAAUAUUUAAUAACUGUGAAUAUUGGAUAAUUCAGCAGCUUCAUUUUUUAAAAAAGUGAAUUUAUUGAAUUCAAACUGAAUUUUGUUCUGUGAAGGUAGAUAUGCAGAUUUGUAAAUUUUGGUGUGUCAAAUGAGGGAGUGGGUGAUAGGAAA